AUGUUCCGGGGCAUGGACGGCCAAACUGGCGGAUUGGGCUCCAGAUCGAUAAAGCCUCCGGGAGGAGAAUCAAGUGAUCUUUUUGGAAGUCUAGAAGAACGUAUUCCUUCAACAUGCAAACCCAAUAGGAUGGCAUCUAAUAUUUUUGGACCACCUGAGGAGCCUAAAAAUAUACCCAAGAGGACAAAUCCUCCAGGGGGCAAAGGAAGUGGAAUCUUUGAUGAAUCAACUCCGGUAAAAACUCGCCAACGUCUGAAUCCACCCGGUGGGAAGACCAGUGACAUAUUUGGGUCCCCAAUCACUGCCACUGCACCUCUGGCACACCCAAACAAGCCCAAGGAUCAUGUUUUGCUACGUGAAGGUGAAGACUCUAAAUCUGACCCGAGCGCUGCACCAAACGCCACACCCAAAGGAGAGAGUGCAAAGAAACCGGAGCCAACGCCUACAGUUGACAAUCAUGAGCCCAGACUGGGGCCAAGACCUCGCUCCCACAACAAAGUUCUGAACCCACCAGGAGGCAAAUCCAGCAUCUCCUUCUACUGA